AAAAGUAACGUUUUUACAUUAUUGCAAACUUUGUUCAUAGUGCUUUCAUUGAUCGGUGCUGUUGAAUACUUCAAAUAUGGUACAAGAGUAAAUUAUGAUUGGUUCCAUUGUACACCAGAAAUUACAAAAUUCCCAGAUUCAAGUAUAAAGCAAAUUAUUUCAGUUGGUGGUCCAAGUUGUGAUAAAAGAGGUCAAACUAAAUCAAUCUUGAAAAAAUUAUCAAGAGAAUUUGACCCAAAUGAAGAAAAAGUCGUUGUUUGCUUA